AUGGAUAGCAUAGAAGAGUCGCCGCCACUAAGUGAACUUGACAAUCAAAUUGAAGAAGGCAAUAAUAAGACAUCAAAGUCUACAGAAGAUCCUACGCUGUAUUUUUACGACAUUGCAAACAGGAUUGGAAUGGAUUGGACAAAAUUGGCAGCAAUCUUAGAUCAUUCUAUUAACGUCGAAGUCAUCAAGUCACAGCACCAACAUGUAUUUGAUCAAGCGCUAGAAUUACUUAACAUCUGGGGAAAGAGACAUGAUCCAUGUGAUAUUCUUAGCAAUCUGGAAGACGCUUUGCUACACAUUGAUAGAUAUGAUAUUGUCGAAGGAAUAAAUAGCAAUCAAGAGAAAAGGAGACUACGUGAACUGGACAAUCAAAUUAAAGACGACAAUAAGAAAAUGCCAAAGUCUAUAGGAGCUGAGUUAUCCAUAGGAGAAAGUUCUUCAAAUGGAAAAAGUAAUUACCCUCUGGACGAUCGCGAUAGUCUAUCAGGAUACGAGUAG